GGCCAAAUAAUAGAUAAAACAUUUGUUUUAUGUAAUAUUUAUCUUUAUAUAACAAUUUUUGUCAGGUUGCGCACUAGGAGCAGACUUGUUAGAAUUAUAUCUGUUCUACUUGGUUAACCUUGGUAGUUGAAUAUGUAUUCUUAAGUAAUUUCUAAUACUGUAAAAAUUAUUGUUGAUCAAAGUUUGUAAAAUAUAUGACAAUGACGGCCAGAAAAGUUAUGUAUUCCGUUGGUAUUUCCAAUAAGUUUUCUGCCUUUGAAGAUGGUUCUGACACUGAACAAGUGACCUUCACCAACAAAGAUGCUAAAGCAAAAGUUCCAACUUCAAACACAGUCUUGUUAAACAAGUCGCAAAAACCUGCGAACAAACCAAGCAAAAAGGAAUAUGAGGACAAACACAUCGGUACAGACUCUAACGACAUGAGAAGUCAUCAAAUAAGAACUACAAUUUUGACUGAAGAACAAUUACGCGAUACUCGAGCAAUGUCUCCUAAGAGGGGGAACAUGAAUCGGGAUUCAAAACACAAAUCAGGUUCUCAAAGAGUUUUCGACCGAAAAAGUGGAACUGGAAGAGGUAAAGAAAUGAAAAAACACGGUGAAGGUGGGCACAAUUGGGGUGGUGUUACAGACGUUACAAAAGCAAUAAAAGAAAAUAGAUAUGUUUCCAUCGAUGGAGCACAAGAAAUCCCAAUAGAAGAUCAUGCUCAGAAAAUUGAAAUGAUUGAUUACUUGUCAUACAAACAACAACAAUUGUCCAAGCGUUCCAAACUACCUUCACCCUCUCGUGAUCAAACAAGCAUUCCCACCGAUCAAGAAUUUAGAAAUAGUGGAUAUGUCAAGUAUAUUAAAAAGGAACCAGAUAACCAUAUUUCUCACAAGGAUAGAAAUAUAAAGGUUUGUUCUUCAUUAAUAGAUAACAUAAACUCUAAGGUAAACAGUGGUAUAGAUGGCAGGAUCCAUCAAAGUGUUCGCUCUAACCACCUGAUAUCCUUCAUCGAACGCAAAUCAACAUCUAGAAGAAGCAAGAGCAAGCUACAUGAACAGGUAAAUGAAUACAAGUAUUAUUAA